ACAGCAGAAGGCUUACCUGGCCACCCAGGGCCCACUGGCCGAGACCACCGAGGACUUCUGGAGGAUGCUGUGGGAGCACAACUCCACCAUCGUCGUCAUGCUCACCAAGCUACGAGAGAUGGGGCGGGAGAAGUGUCAUCAGUACUGGCCAGCAGAGCGUUCAGCCAGGUACCAGUACUUUGUGGUGGAUCCAAUGGCUGAGUACAACAUGCCACAGUACAUCCUCCGAGAGUUUAAAGUCACAGAUGCCAGGGACGGCCAGUCCAGAACAAUCCGCCAGUUCCAGUUCACUGACUGGCCCGAGCAAGGAGUGCCAAAAACCGGAGAGGGCUUCAUCGAUUUCAUCGGACAAGUUCACAAAACCAAGGAGCAGUUUGGACAAGACGGACCAAUCACUGUACACUGCAGUGCCGGGGUGGGCAGGACCGGAGUCUUCAUCACCCUCAGUAUCGUGCUGGAGAGGAUGAGGUACGAGGGCGUGGUCGACCUCUUCCAGACAGUGAAGACGCUUCGCACCCAGCGGCCUGCCAUGGUGCAGACAGAGGACCAGUACCAGUUGUGCUACAGGGCCGCGUUGGAGUACCUGGGGAGCUUUGACCACUAUGCAACGUAACCACUCCCUCCGAGCAGCCUCCCUGGUCAAACCUCUCAGGAGUGUGCCAAGUGUCCCAUCUCAGCCACCACCCUCUCACUUGACCCCGCCCCCCCAAACCCCUGAAAAAAAAAAAAAACGACCCCCCCGCAGCUACCGGAGGGGAGGAGAAUGGCACGUGCUUGCAGACCCAGUGACGGGUUUCAACCAAUCACAGAGAUUCGCGUCCACGACUUAACCAACCACGUGAAAUUUUUUGCUUUAAGAAUAACGGAAACAUCACAAUGACUCGGACGAACAGGACAACUCUUGUACAGAUGCGACAGAGCAGAGCGACGCCUCCGCCGCUCUGCUCUGUCGAAGCCAAACCUCCCUGAUUGUCAAAGGCUACUGGUAGCACUAAGAGAGCAUUCUCUCUGAUUUUCUUUUUGUUAGUCGACUUGUCAAUAUUAUUGAUUCAUUAUGUCAUUAUCUUAUUGUUUGGUAUACUUCUUUUUUCUGUGGAUGUUUUUAAUAAUCAUUUUAACAUCAGACAUUUCUUCUGUCUUAAACGGCCCAGCCUCGGGCGUGCAUUAUUUUCAUAAUCGGUACUUUUUUUAUUUUAUCUUAGGGUACUUUAGCACAAGGGACAUGUAUUUUUAACACGUUCCUAGAUACUAAUACAGGAGGACCACUGUUCUCUGAGCUGCUGUCAGAUUUAUUUUAUCAUAUCAUCGUUUUAUUCGUAUCAUGUGUCAUAUACGUUGUUUCAUGGUCUUAUUCAGUUCAACACAUCAAAAAGAAUUUGCCUUUUCACUUGCUGUUUCCGAUUUUAAAAAAAAUUAUCAGAGAAAAUUGACUUCCGAGCACAAACUUGAUAAAGGUGUCCUUCUGUAAACCUGGUAGCUAGCUAAAAAAAAAAAAACAAGUGAAUUGGCUAACGAGAGACUUAAUAAGAGGUGUACAGAAAUGGAAAGCACAUGAUUUCUAUGUUUUUUCUUUUUGGUUGUUGUUGUUGUUGUUGUUUGUUUUUCAUCAGAAGCCAAUGGCAUUGAGGCCUUCAUGCUCCACGCCGGAGAACUUACCCGAGGAAAACAGACUUUUAUACCCGAGGGGUAGUCGACAGAAAAAGAAAACUCCCUGAUCUCUGAACAUUAACGCUCUUCAAGUCCCUCCCUGUCUCCUCGCUGCCCAUUAGCCUGGACAGUUCGCUGGAGUCGAACCAACACACACACACACAUACACACACACACACACACACAAACA